GUUAAUUCAGUUAGGCUUUAGGAUUCGAAUAAAAUAAAUUUGCUUGAGACCUUGUGAAGAAAAAAUUAAGUAUUGAAAAUGCGUGGGAUACUAAUUCUUCUUUUGUGCCUUACCGUGGCCUCAUUGGUUAUGGGCAAUGAGUACGUCUUUGGAAAGCGCCAAAAAGAUGAUUUUACAAUUACCGACAGAGUUAUUAUAAAGCCAAGAAUACCCGGUAAAAGGGCAGUAGUCAGAGCUGGAGCUCAUACAAAAGAAGUAAUAUCUUACAUUCGAGUAAAAGAUUUGUAUAGAUUCAAUUCAACAGCUAUAAUAAUAAAUGGUGGAGUAGACUUAAAGAAUGUACUUUUAUUAAUCGCUGGAAAUGUGGGAGAGGGAUUACUUGUACGAUUCGAAGUUCGUGGAGUGAAAAAAAAUACAACAGAACCUACUACCACUCAAUCAAGUACAGAUAGUACCAUUGAGCCGAGUGAAGAACCAACUAGCACUCCAUCUACUGAAGAACCAAGUAAUAGUACAACUACUGAAGGACCAACCAGCAGUCCACCUACCGAAGAACCAAGUAAUAGUACUACAACUACUGAAGGAUCAACUAGCAGUCCACCUACCGAAGAACCAAGUAAUAGUACAACUACUGAAGGACCAACCAGCAGUCCACCUACCGAAGGACCAACCAGUAAUCCACCUACCGAAGGACCAACUAGCAGUCCACCUACCGAAGAACCAAGUAACAGUACUACAACUACUGAAGGACCAACCAGCAGUCCACCUACCGAAGAACCAAGUAACAGUACUACAACUACUGAAGGACCAACUAGCAGUCCACCUACCGAAGAACCAAAUAACAGUACUACAACUACUGAAGGACCAACCGGCAGUCCAUCUACCGAAGAACCAAAUAACAGUACUACAACUACUGAAGGAUCAACCGGCAGUCCAUCUACCGAAGAACCAAGUAACAGUACUACAACUACUGAAGGAUCAACCAAUAAUCCAUUUACCAAAAGACCAACCAGUAGUCCACCUACCGAAGGACCAACCAGUAGUCCAUCUACCGAAGAACCAACCAGUAGUCCACCUACCGAAGGACCAACCAGUAGUCCACCUACCGAAGGACCAACCAGUAGUCCACCUACCGAAGGACCAAUCAGUAAUCCACCUACCGAAGGACCAACUACCAGUGAAUCUACCGAAAAACCAGUUGACACUAUAUCUACUGAAAUACCCACCACCAGUACGUCUACCGAAUCACCAAGCAUUAGUGUGUCUACCGAAGGAUCAGGUAGCGGUACGUCCAGUGAAUAAAAACCAUAAAUGAAUCUUCGAAUAAGGCGGCAAUGGAGAAUUUACUAACUGAUCCAAAUAGCAGUGCUCUCAAUAUUUUAAGCAUUCGAAUUAGACAAAAUAAGAGAGAGAGAGAGAGAGAGAGAGAGAGAGAGAGAGAGAGAGAGAGAGAGAGAGAGAGAGAGAGAGAGAGA